GUUUAUAUUGCAUAAAUAACACAUGUUGCCUCAAAGUUUAUCUCAACAAAAACGUAUUAAUUAUUAAUAUGACGGAAGAAAACGAGAAUAGUGAUGAAAGCCAUAAUGAAGAAGAACAAGAACAAGAGUCGGAGCCAGUGAAUGAAAAUAAUGAAGAAACAGCAGUAUCUUUUAAAGACUUGGGAGUCGUUGAUGUACUAUGUGAAGCCUGUCAAGAAUUAAAAUGGAAGAAUCCAUCAAAAAUCCAAAAGGAGGCAAUACCAGUAGCAUUACAGGGCAAAGAUAUAAUUGGCUUAGCAGAGACGGGUUCAGGGAAAACAGGGGCAUUCGCGUUGCCGAUUCUACAAGCACUAUUGGAGAGCCCACAGAGAUACUUUGCACUUAUCCUGACACCUACUAGAGAGUUGGCAUUUCAAAUAUCGGAACAAUUUGAAGCACUAGGAGCCAGCAUAGGAGUGAAAUGUGCAGUCAUAGUGGGUGGAAUGGAUAUGGUUGCACAGGCUCUCACAUUGUCUAAGAAACCUCACAUCAUCAUUGCAACCCCAGGAAGAUUGGUGGACCAUCUUGAGAAUACAAAGGGAUUUAAUUUGAAAGCACUGAAAUAUCUGGUGAUGGAUGAAGCUGACCGUAUACUAAACAUGGACUUUGAAGUGGAGGUGGAUAAGAUCCUGCGUGUGAUACCUCGGGAGCGCCGCACCUACUUGUUCUCCGCAACCAUGACGAAGAAAGUACAAAAGCUGCAGCGAGCGUCCCUCCAGGACCCGGUCAAAGUGGAGGUCUCCACUAAAUAUCAGACAGUGGAUAAGCUUCAGCAGUACUACGUUUUUAUACCUGUAAAGUACAAGGACGUAUACCUGGUGCAUAUACUAAACGAGAUGGCCGGUAAUUCGUUCAUCGUGUUCGUGGCGACGUGCGCGAACGCACUCCGCUGCGCGCUGCUGCUGCGUCAGCUCGGGCUGCCUGCAGUGCCACUCCACGGGCAAAUGUCGCAGAACAAGCGGCUGGCUGCACUCAACAAGUUCAAGAAUAAGAGCAGAUCUCUACUCAUCUGUACGGACGUGGCUUCCAGAGGUCUGGACAUACCUCACGUGGACGUUGUGAUCAACCUGGACAUUCCCCUGCACAGCAAGGACUACAUCCACCGCGUGGGAAGAACGGCACGCGCCGGCCGCGCGGGAAAAUCCAUCACAUUUGUCUCACAGUACGACGUGGAGCUGUACCAGCGUAUCGAGCAGUUGAUUGGCAAGCAAUUGCCGCUAUACAAGACAGACGAGAGCGAAGUGAUGGUGCUGCAAGAGCGCGUCGCGGAGGCGCAGCGGUUAACAAACAUUGAGAUGAAAGAGUUAACUGACAAGAAAAAUAUAAAGGGCAAGAAACGGGGCGGCGGCGGGGACUCCGACGACGACACGGAGGAAGCGGCCGGAGUGAGACGACGCAUCAAGGGCAAACCCAACAAACACGCGGCCAAAAAGAGAAAGCGAUAA